CUUUGCACUUGGGAUUCCAUUUCAAUCCGAAUGAACCCAUCCUCGAUAAAGUGAAAGUACUGAUGGUUGAUCUCACCUCUAAGUGUUUGUCUUUCUUAGAAAUGCACCUCUUGUUUCCAUGUUUGUAUUUCUGCAGCUUCACAAGACAAUGGCAGCUUCUCCUUAUCUUCAUUGGCUCAGACGGCUCUUCAGUGCACAUCACAACAUGCAACAAAAGAAGAAAAUUUAAAGAAACUUACAUCUGGAUCGGAGCAUGAGACAUCAGAUUCUAUGCACAAUGAUUCUCGACUGGUAAUGAAACUAACGACACUAAGUGCCAUCACCAGUCAAUUCAAUUCAGACUCAAACAGUGUCCACCAUGAGCAGACAAAAAGGUUUAAAAGCAGCUCUCAAUCCAGGGAUGGUAAUCAGAGUCAAACACAGCAGAAGGUGUACCAGUGUUCUGAAUGUGGCAAGCAGUUCAGAUACAAAAACAGCAUUUACAAUCACAGAAAGAUUCACAGUGGAGAGAAGCCAUAUUGCUGUUCUGAAUGUGGCAAACGAUUUACACAAAUGAGCAGUCUCUACUCCCACAAAAAACUUCACACUGGAGAGAAACCAUAUUGCUGUUCUGAAUGUGGCAAACGAUUUACACAAAUGAGCAAUCUCCGCUCCCACAAAAGACUUCACACUGGAGAGAAGCCAUAUUGCUGUUCUGAAUGUGGCAAGCAGUUCAGACACAAAAGAAGCAUUUACAAUCACAGAGAGAUUCACAGUGGAGAGAAGCCAUAUUGCUGUUCUGAAUGUGGCAAACGAUUUACACGAAUGAGCAGUCUCUACUCCCACAAAAAACUUCACACUGGAGAGAAACCAUAUUGCUGUUCUGAAUGUGGCAAGCAGUUCACACACAGAAACAGCAUUUACUAUCACAGAAAGAUUCACAGUGGAGAGAAGCCAUAUUGCUGUUCUGAAUGUGCCAAACGAUUUACACGAAUGAGCAGUCUCCGCUCCCAUGAAAGACUUCACACUGGAGAGAAGCCAUAUGUUUGUUCUGAAUGUGGAAAAUCAUUCACCAGCAGUAGCGCUCAUCAAAAGCACAAAAAACAAGGCCACUAUCUCAAGUUGUCCAGUAUGGAGAAGGUGUGUCCAGCUGUCCAGGAACCUCAACAUGUAAAAUAUGAACAAGGUGUUUCAGAAGAAGUGUGUAAGGAUGUGGAAAUGUCAAAACCCACACUGCACCGGAGCCUCCUUUUGACGCAUGGCCUAAAUGUUAAAGAAGAGGACUGUAAGUGGGAGUCUGAAUAUCUUGGACAGGAGAGUGUCUGCAUGAAAGAGGGGGAGAAGGUGGAUUGUGAUAGUGGACCUAUGGACUUUACAACAGACUCUGAGCUGAUGUCUUCCAGCGCUGAUGUACCAAAACACAAAACUGUCAACAGUAUAAAGGAGGAGCACCUCGAACAGGAGAAUGACUGGCAGUGUUUUGAUCCAGAUGAAGAGACUCCCAGAGUAGGAUUCACCUCCAGUAGACACUCCUCCAUACAGCAACAUUCUGUCCAGGUGAAGUUGGAAUCUUUGGAAUUAGACAUAACAAAGACUGCCAAAGUGGUGGGCUCAAGUCCUUUUGGAGAAGCUUUACAAGACAAUGGCAGCCUCUUCUUAUCAUCAUUGGCUCAGACGGCUCUUCAGUGCAAGUCACAACAGACAGCAAAUGAUGAAAAUAUAAUGACAUUUGGAUCAGAGAAUGUGAUAAAAGCCUCUUUUCCAGUGACUUCUCAACUUCAAACACAUAAUUCAGAUUCAGCCACUGUCCACCAGGAGAGGAAAAACAGGUUUAAAACCAAAUCUAAAUCCAAAAAUGAAUGUGGAAAAGGAUAUGGCAGCAGUGGUGGCCUUCAGUACCACAGAAGAAUUCACACUGGAGAGAAACUGUAUUGUUGUUCUGAUUGUAGUGAACAAUUCAACACCAGCAGCGGCCUUCAGCAUCAUAUUAGAAUUCACAUUGGAGAGAAGCCAUAUUGUUGUUCUGAAUAUGGCAAGCAUUUCCCACAAUUGAAGAGUCUUCAGAACGACAAACAAAUUCACACUGGAGAGAGGCUAUAUAAUUGUUCUGAAUGCAGCAAACGAUUCACCACCAAACACAACCUUCAGAACCACAAAAAAAUUCACAGUGGACCCCAAAAGAAUUCAUACUUCUGUUCUGAAUGUGACAAAAAAUUUACCACCAGCAACGGCCUUAAGCUACACAGGAGAACUCAUACUGGAGAGAAGGCAUAUUGUUGUUCUGAUUGUGGAAAAGGAUUCAACUACCACAGCAGUUUUCAGUACCAUAGAAGAAUUCACACUGGAGAAAAACCGUUUUACUGUUCAGAAUGUGGAAAAAGCUUCAUUGGCAAGAGCAGCCUUCAGUCUCAUAGCAGAAUUCACACUGAAGAGAAGCCAUAUCGUUGCUCUGAAUGUGGAAAAGGAUUCACGUACAAGAGCAGCCUUCAAAAGCACAGCAGAAUACACACUGGAGAUAAGCCAUAUGUUUGCUCUGAAUGUGGUACACAAUUUUCACAAAUUGGUGUUCUUCAGGCCCACAUAAGGACUCAUACAGGAGAGAAGCCGUAUUGUUGUUCUGAAUGUGACAAACGAUUUUCACAAAUGGCUUCUCUUCAGAUGCACAUGAGAAUUCACACUGGAGAGAAGUCAUAUGGUUGCUCUGAAUGUGGGAAAAGAUUCUCCUACAAGAGUAGCCUUCAGACUCACGGAAGAGUUCACACUGGAGAGAAGCCAUAUGUUUUUUCUGAAUGUGGUAGACAAUUUUCACAAGUGGGUGGUCUUCAGUCCCACACAAGGACUCAUACUGGAGAAAAGCCAUAUGGCUGUCCUGUUUGUGGCAAGCAAUUUUCACGAGUGGCUUCUCUUCAGAUACACACAAGAAUUCACACUGGAGAGAAGCCGUAUGGUUGUUCUGAAUGUGGAAAAUGGUUUACCACCAGUAGUUAUCUUCAAAAACACAAAAGAUUUCAUAAGAAUGGAGACAACAGGGACAAUACAAGUACUAUGCCAAGUCCUAGCACCAAAUAUCAGAGAAUGACAAAAGUAGAAGUGCAAAAAUCACUACACAAUCCAUGA